AUGGCCAAGAUCAUGUCACCUAUCUACUCUGAAACGCUUAUCCAAGAUAUCAGCACAAUGUCGGCAUGGCAAGAUUUGGUAAAUGGGGGGUUCAGAGUGGUGCACCGGCUCAUCCGUGCUACUGAGUGGACUGGCAGAAGGCUGGCCCAUGAAAUCUCUUGUAGCGAGCAGGCUGUGAGCAACCUUGAGAGGAUUCUUGAUCAAGGCAGCACAGCUAGCCAAACACUGCAGAUUCAGGCUAUAGAGAUACUGACAGAAUUGGCUUUGGAUCCGCCUAUCAAUCUCGCCACGGAAACAAAAGAAAAACUGAUUAAUAAGCAGUUGAAGGUCUUCCUUAAUGAAGGGACAGAAGAAAACCUUAAAGUUACGGCUGGGAAAACACUGGCAUUAUUAUCCAAGACAGCAACUAUCUCUGUGUGCAUAAUGAGCAAAUACAAUAACAUUGCUGAUCAAGUCACUGAAAUGCUUGAUGCUAAGAACAAGAUCAUUUACAGAACAAUAGCAGCUGAGAUCUUGGAGAAUUUGUGUACUCACCAUGCAAUGGACACGGAACACGUGAGGGACACCUUGCUGCCAAAGGUGCUAACAGAAGUUCUAACCAGUAAAAAGAAACCCCCAUCGGAAGCAUCUCAAAGGCAGUUUCCUUGGUGGGCUAGGUUACUAAUGCGAAGGCAUCUAUCUGUAGAACAACGUCGUAAAAGAAAAUCCAAAGCAUCAGGAGAUGUUGACGAAAAUCCACAGCAAGACGACGAAGAAAAUCAACAUUUCGAACAUAAUAGCCAAAUCAAUUUAUCCGAGCAAAAGGAGACGCAUACAGCUACGAUGGAAUUGAAGGAAGCAUUGUUAUCCCUUACUUUGGUGAUAUGUGACAAACUGAUAAUUAGCGCAGACGACUUUGAUGAUGUGGCUCGGAAUGUUUCCUCGGGAGAAGGUCAAUUUGUGGCGAAGCUCAAAACUGUAGUAGAAGAGAACUGUGAAGCCACCGCUAAUAGCCUGAGAAUCGUAAGCUUUGCGGUCAGAUUGCUGUUACAGUGAUGCGCCGCGGCCAGUACAGCGCGCACUUCAAGGAUCAGAAGUUCAUGGAGACACUAUCUAAGGCUUCGACAAUCAUGUCAAACCUUGAAAGCUGCAUGCUCUUCGCUGGUACUGAUUGUGGAGCAAAGAAGACCGCCAGGCCCCUCCUCUCUGAUCUUGUGAAAGAGGCACAAGCGUUGGCUGCUUAAAAAUGUAUUUUUAAUCAUGUUUCUCUACCAUUGUGAUGUCUUAUUUCUCUAGAUCAAACAAUCGUGUCAUAUUUCCCUUGGAUACAUGGCCCUCGGAUUGUUUCAUUUGUCAAAUAAGAUUGUGUGACUGGAAUUUUAUGGAACAGGUAAUUUGCUAUGUUACAGCCAGUUUCUACCUGAAGAAGAUCAAUGCUACGAACCCAUUUUGUUUCUAUCCUGAAACGUACCCAAAUCUACCAGCCUGAUGACAAGGCGCCAUAACAAGAGCAAGGACGUUGGGGACG